GACGAAAGUUUAUACUACUACGUAUAUAUUUGCCAUCCCGGCCUAUAAAUUGCGCUUUCUGCUAACCAUCAAAUCAAUCACACGCAGAAAACCUAUGUGAUCGACUAGCUAGCGCGCGUUGCAUCCUCCUCCUCCACUCCACUGCGAUGGCUUUUGCUUCUUCCUCUAGAGAAUCCCAUGUCCUCCCUCACAUAGCAAUCUUCCCCUUCAUGGCCAAGGGCCACACCAUCCCGCUCAUCCAGCUUGCCCACCACCUCCGUCGUCGCCGCCUCGCCACCGUGACCUUCCUCACAACCCAUGGCAACGCCGCCUUCGUCCGCGAGCGACUGUCCGGCGCCGACGACACGGCCGUCGUCGAGCUCGCGUUCCCCGCCGGCGUCUCGGGAAUCCCGCCUGCGGUGGAGAGCGCCGAGGCGCUCACGUCCAUGGCCUCCUUAGCCGCCUUCGCGCACGCCGCGUCGUUGCUCCAGCCACAGCUCGAGGCGUCGCUCGCCGCCAUGGAGCCUCCGGCCAGCCUCCUGGUCGCCGACGCGUUCCUGUACUGGACGAACGCGUCGGCGGCCACGCUCGGCGUCCCGAAGGCGUCCUUCUUAGGCAUCUCGGCGUUCGCACAGGUCAUGCGGGAGCUGCGCGUCAGCCACGAUCCGGUCCCGGCGCUGCUGCACGCCGGCGUCGACGGCGACGGCAAUCCGGCGACGUUCACGGUGCCUGAGUUCCCGCACAUCAAGCUCACGCUGGAGGACCUGAUGGCGCCCUUGGGCGACCCGUCGUCGGCUGCGCCGAUGAUGGAGCUGCACGGCAAGCUGGCCAAGGCCAUAGAGGAGAGCCAUGGCCUGAUCGUCAACACCUUCCAAGGCCUAGAGAAACCGUACAUGGAGUUCUGGAACAACCACUAUAGGCCCAGGGCCUGGGCCGUCGGCCCGCUCUGCCUCUCCCAGCCCGCGUCUUCUUCGCCGGGUGCCGCCGGCGCCCGGCCAUCAUGGAUGGAGUGGCUGGACGAGAAGGCAGCCGCCGGCCGGGGAGUGCUGUACGUCGCGUUCGGGACGCUGGCCGCGAUUCCAGAGGUGCAGCUCAAGGAAGUCGCAGACGGGCUGGAGCGGGCCGAGGUAGAUUUCAUAUGGGCCGUGAGGCCGGAGAAUGUCCAUCUCGGUGCAGGCUUCGAGGAGCGUACCAAGGGCAGAGGCUUAGUGGUGAGGGAGUGGGUGGACCAAUUGGGGAUUUUGCAGCACCAGAGCGUGAGAGGGUUUCUGAGUCACUGCGGGUGGAACUCGGUGCUGGAGAGCGUCGCGGCUGCUGUGCCACUCGCAGCUUGGCCCAUGCAGGCCGAUCAACCUCUCAACGCGGUGUUUGCAGUCCACGAGCUCAAGAUCGCGGUUAGGGUCCACACGAGUGAUAGAACGAUGCGGGGUCCGGUCACGAGCGAAGAAAUAUCGCGAGUGGUCAGGGAGCUUAUGCUCGGAGAGGCCGGAACCGAAGCGGCAAAGAAUGUUGCCGAGUUAUCGGUGCUGGCUAUGGAGUCCAUAUUGGCGAGGGGGUCGUCUUGGAAAGCAGUGGAGGAGAUGAUCGAUGAGUUGUGUGCACCCAACAUGUGUGCAAAGGUUGAGGCAAGCAAGGAGGAGUCGCGAGAUGUUUAAUUGCCGUCGUUUUUCUUUCAAAGAAAUAAUGUGGUGUUGUGCUCUGUAGCUAUAUAUGCCAAACAUUUAAUUAUGUUGGUCUCUGGCAUUUACUUCUCGGGUCUUGGUUGGAAAUAUUUAUAUGAAAUUGAUUGAACAUGAUUGUUUUCU